AUGUCUGACGAUUUGAGAAGAAAAAUUGCUUUAUCCCAGUUUGAGAGAGCCAAGAAUGUUCUAGAUGCGACAUUCCAAGAAGCAUACGAGGAUGAUGAAAACGAUGGUGAUGCAUUAGGUUCCCUGCCAUCAUUUAAUGGACAAUCAAAUAGGAACAGAAAAUAUACGGGCAAAACCGGUAGUACUACUGAUAGAAUUUCAAGUAAGGAAAAGAGUAGUUUACCCACUUGGAGUGAUUUUUUUGAUAAUAAGGAGUUGGUAAGUCUUCCUGAUAGAGAUCUGGACGUAAAUACAUACUAUACAUUACCUACUUCAUUGUUAUCAAAUACCACUUCAAUUCCCAUCUUUAUUUUCCACCAUGGGGCGGGCUCCUCAGGUUUAUCAUUUGCAAACUUGGCCAAGGAAUUAAAUACUAAACUAGAAGGAAGAUGCGGAUGCUUUGCAUUUGAUGCUAGGGGGCAUGCAGAAACAAAGUUUAAGAAGGCUGAUGCGCCUAUAUGCUUUGACAGGGACUCUUUUAUCAAAGAUUUUGUAAGCCUGCUAAAUUAUUGGUUUAAGUCUAAAAUAAGCCAAGAGCCACUUCAGAAGGUAUCUGUUAUACUAAUUGGUCAUUCCCUUGGUGGAAGUAUAUGUACUUUUGCGUACCCUAAAUUAUCAACAGAACUACAAAAGAAAAUUCUUGGUAUUACUAUGUUAGAUAUUGUAGAAGAGGCUGCCAUUAUGGCCUUAAAUAAAGUUGAACAUUUUUUGCAGAAUACACCCAAUGUAUUUGAAUCAAUUAAUGACGCUGUCGAUUGGCACGUUCAACACGCGUUAUCGAGAUUGAGGUCAAGCGCCGAAAUUGCUAUACCAGCUUUAUUUGCUCCGCUCAAGUCAGGGAAAGUUGUCAGGAUAACAAACCUUAAGACCUUUAGCCCUUUCUGGGACACAUGGUUUACCGAUCUGUCGCACUCCUUUGUUGGCUUACCUGUUAGUAAAUUAUUAAUAUUGGCGGGAAACGAAAAUCUCGAUAAAGAAUUAAUUGUGGGGCAAAUGCAAGGUAAAUAUCAGUUGGUAGUUUUCCAAGAUUCCGGGCAUUUCAUUCAAGAAGAUUCGCCUAUAAAAACAGCAAUCACUUUAAUUGAUUUCUGGAAGCGGAACGAUUCUAGGAAUGUAGUAAUCAAGACUAAUUGGGGUCAACACAAAACCGUGCAAAAUACAUAA